AUGUACAUAAAAGAGAAAAUUAAUUGUGCAGUGUUUUAUAGCAUUUUCGUUUGUCCUUUAAUUGACAUAGAUAAUAAAUGUUACCUGGAACUUGUUUUUGGUUGUUUGCAUAAAAAGAGUCGAUGGUUUUGUUCAAAUAGACUAAAUCACAAGAAAGCGUUUUCACUUUUAAUAGGAAAUGUAGAGCAACAGCAGAAUUUGGCUUGUGUAUAUCUUGUAGCAAGGCUGUUAACAAGCAAAGAUUGUACCGUAAAGUUCUUUGCUGGCCUUAAUUUUUUGGUUUUAGUGCGUGUUUUUGGUAAAAUGUAUGAAUGUAAUUUCAAAAAUAGAGUCCCGAAACUUUAGAGAGAGAAAUCAUUCGCACUUCAGAGUGCAAAAAAGGAAGAGUUUGGAUUUAUUUCAUCUAUAAAGGUGUAAAAAGCUUAUAUAAUUUAUUAUUAAUUCAUUAACUUCGUGAUGCUCG